UCCCGCCCCAUUACACCCAACAAUGCACCAAACCCUCGUCCUCUUCCUCCGCCGCCUCCCAAUCCACAUAACCCUCUACAGCCGUGCAACGUGCAGCCUCUGCGAUACAGCACGCACCGAACUCUCGCAGGCUUGGGAAAAGCGGCCAUUCGAGUACGCUGAAGUAGAUGUGAUGAAGGACGACAAGUGGCGUGUUUAUGAAUUCGACGUCCCGGUAAUCCACGUUUCCCGGACAAUCGGGGAGAAGGGUAUCGAAGAGGGCGAGAAGACGCGAAAGUUGAUGCAUAAGUUUAAGGCUGCGGAGGUGGUGGGAGUAAUGGAGAAGGUGUUGAGCGAGGGGGGAGUAGAGAGGAAGGAAGGGGGAGUUGAAGACGGGCGCUCCUAUUAGAUGCUGGCAACCGGUAUCAACUCGAUUUCCCCUGCCAAGCCGGAUGUUGGAGAUUGAGUGAAACUUGAUGAAUCGAUCAAUAGAAAAUACGAAAAAUAUGUGAUAGGAUGGACAAAGGGUGCGGCGAAUAGGUCAAACCCUGCACCGAACCCGCCCAGGUAAAAGCUGAUCGUGUCCAGACCGUGAUAACAUAGCACCCCUUUCCUCCUUCUCUCCCUAGCGAUUCCGCACUCCUACCUGCACAUCCAAUGGCCCUCCAAACACCCAUCCCUCUCCCCGGACCAGUCACCUCAGCGCUCCUCCUCCCCCUCUUUUGCAUCCUCUCCCUCUCCCUCCCACCAUUCCCACUCCGCAGCGUACUCUUCGUCCCACCAAUCGUACUCCUCGUGAUCGCGAUACAUGCUUCCCCAGCCGACCCUACAAAGCCUCUACUAACUUACGCCAUCGGCACCCUCUGGCCAUUGUACCUCUCCACCCUCUCCCAACACUUGUCCCUUCCCGCACCCCCUGAAA